AAUGAAGCGCAUAGUAUUGGGCUUACUGUGUAUAGGCAUAUGCUUAUCCUAUAAUAGAAAUGUGCAGGAUACAUUAAUUGCUGAGAUGGAGAAUGAACAUGUAAAUGAACAUGAUUAAUUGAUCUUUCGUAAUUGGAUGUUAGAAUAUGGCAAAUCAUAUGAUAAUGAAUUUACAGCAAUACAUAGAAUGUAGAUCUUUAUGAGAAAUAAGAAAAACAUUGAAGUAUACAUAGAUUUGCUUAUUGUUAGAAACAUAAUCAUGUCGGAGCAAAAUAUAAAGCUAAAUUGAAUGAAUUUUCAGAUUAAGAUUAUGAUGAAUUAUCAUUGAAAAUGUUCAUGCAUCUAGAUUUUAGUGAUGAUGAUAUUAAAUUUUAAAAUCAUCAUUUCUUUAGUAAAGAAGACAUAAAAGAAUUGCGAAAUCAUCCAAUUCUAACUCAAAUGCGAGAAUAGGCAAAGAAAGGAGACUCAUUAGAUUGGAGUAAAUAAGUAAAAAAUAGUUCAAUUUAGGUAACACCAUCAAGACCAUAAGGAACAUGUGGAAGUUGUUGGGCAUUCUCUUCAUCUGAUGUAGCAAUAAGUAGACUUGCAUUGAAGGGAAAGGAAGAAUUAACUUAAUUAUCCAAAACUCAUUUAAUAGAUUGUUGUGUAGGAGAUAAGAACAAGGGAUGUAAUGGAGGAUCACCUAUUGGUGCAUAUAAAUUCAUUAAUGAAAAUGGAGCACUUAGAGAGAAUGAAUAUAGAGAAUAUGAUGCUACAUAAUAAGAUUGCACAAAACCAGGAGGAAAUAUUGGUAAAGGUUUGAUAGUUGAUGUAUAGAAGGUGGAUGAUCCAAAUUUUGAGUAAAUGAAUCAUCUAAUAUAUGUAGAUAAAUUAAAGAAGCUCUUUAAGAUGGUCCAGUAACAGCUUUAAUGUAUGCAGAUAAAUCAUGGUUUGAAUAUGGAGGUGGUAUUAUUGAUACUUGCAGCUAUGUUGGAGCCAAAGAGCUUAGUCAUGCUGUUGUGAUAGUUGGUUAUGGAAAAGAUCAUUAUAAAGUAAAAAAUUCUUGGGGACCAGGAUGGGGUGAAAAUGGAUUUUUUUAAGUUUAGAGAAGUGGAGCACCUGAAUGUUUGGAUAAAAUUAAGAAGAUAUCAUAUCCAAUUAUUUAAUGAUC